AUGGGUCUCUGUAGACGAUGUCACAAGCCUAUAACACUAGAGCAAGAAAAACAGAAACAAAAAUGCGCCAAGCUGUCUAAAAAGAAAAAAAAUUGACCACUACAAAAAGUACAACAUACCUAUGAGACGAUUAUGCAAAGGCUAUGGAAGAUCAGGGUUUAAAUUGGUUUACAAUUCUCCUGGAGAUUGCAACUGCCAGUUCCCUGCACUAUCGCACCAGGCAAAGAUACUAGGCAUUUUGAGAUCUCCUGAAACCGCGAGGAAAGAAAUAGUAGAGUACUUAAAAAGUAAUCCGUACUAUAGCGAUGGCUUCCCACUUUUGGAGCAUUUGGCAGAUGAUGAGUUCGCUCGCUGGGACGACUAUAUAACUCAUAUGGCGCGAGAUGGGACCUAUGGAGAUCAGAUUACAUUGUAUGCAGCAGCAAACUUGUAA